GACGAGAUGGAGACGGAGCUGAGGGCGUCGGCGUCGGCCUCGGAGGCUGAGGAGGACACGGGGGCGUCCAAGAAAGAGCGGAACCGCAAGCGCCGCAACCGCAAGAAGAAGAAGCGGGGGAGGGGCGGGGCCCGGGAGGGACCCCCAACCCCCACCCCGGGCCGGGGGGACCCCGAGCCCCACCCUGGGGACCCCCCCGAGGUGGAGAUCGAGUACGUCACCGAGGAGCCCGAGAUCUACGACCCCAAUUUCGUNCAGCUGCCAGGAGGAGCUGGUCAGCGUGCCGGGAUUGUCCGCCGGCAGGUGGAGCUGGUCAGCGUGCCCGGGACUGUCCG